AUGUCAUUAUACAUUGGUAGACUUUCAACAGAUACAACUGAAAGACAUCUUAAUGACCAUUUCUCAAAAUAUGGUACAAUAACAAGAAAUGAUGUAAAAAGAUCAAAUGGUAGAUGUUAUGCUUUUAUCGAAUAUAAAGAAAAAAAAGAUGCAGACGAUGCUUUAAAAGCAUUAAAUGGUACAACUUUAUUAAAUAGCAAGAUUUCUGUUGAAUGGGCCAAGGGAGGUAAAAAUGCCGAUAACAAUAAAUGUUUUGCCUGUGGUCAAGAAGGUCAUUGGAUAAAAAAUUGCCCAAAUAGCAAUAAAAAUAAAAGAUCAAGAGACAGAUCGAUCAGUCGUUCACGUUCAAGAGAUAGAAAAUCAUCAAGAAGAUAUAGAUCGCCAUCUUGGGAUCGUUCAAGAGAUAGAUCACGUGAUAGAUCAAGAGAUAGAAGAGAUAGAAGGGACAGAAGAGAUAGAGAUCGUUCAAGAGAUAGAUCAAGAGAUAGAUCACGUUCAAGAGGCUAUAGAGAUAGAAGAGACAGAAGAGAUAGAGACCGUUCAAGAGAUAGAUCAAGAGAUCGUUCAAGAGAUAGAAGAGAUAGAUCAAGAGAUAGAUCAAGAGAAAGAAGAAGAGAUUUCAGUAGAGAUCGUUCAAGAGAUAGAUCAAGAGACAGAUCAAGAGAUAGAUCAAGAGAAAGAAGAAGAGACUUUAGUAGAGAUCGUUCAAAAGAUCGUUCAAGAGACAGAUCAAGAGAUAGAUCACGUUCAAGAUCAAAAGAUAGAAAAGAAAAGAAGAGAGAGUCUUCAGAAUCAAAAGAAAGACCAUCAGGCGAUGCUGGUGGUGCUGACGGUCAUUCUCCAGUUUUGAGAGAAAGAGCAAGUAGAUCAAGAUCCAGAUCACCAUCAUCUUAA